CAUCUAUCCAUCCUCUGUGGGCCGGAUCCCUCCCUGUACAGCGCGCCCGACGGCGUCCAGACGGCAAACCCCGCAGUGCGCCGCACAACUCCACCUCAGCGCCUUCGUCCCAUUGCGCCAGCACGACCGAUCCCCAUCCUGAGCACCGUCCUUCCAAGCCCCUGCACCUUCACUAGACCACGCCUCGCUAUCAUCCCUCUUCGGCUCGCACGAAACCCACCCCUCCUCCUUACUCGUCAUCUUAUCCAUCCCAUCCCGAGAGACUGUCCGAGCCAGACCUGCAACCGCGCAAAUGGCGUCACAACCGCAAGCAGGCCAGCGACCCAAGGUCCAGCCCUGUCGGUACAAGACCGGAAAGACACUAGGAGCCGGCUCCUACUCGGUCGUCAAGGAAUGCGUGCACAUCGAUACGGGUCGCUACUAUGCCGCCAAGGUGAUCAACAAACGGUUGAUGUCAGGACGUGAGCACAUGGUCCGCAAUGAGAUUGCUGUGCUGAAAAAGGUGUCGAUGGGCCACCAGAACAUCCUGACUCUGGUCGAUUACUUCGAAACUAUGAACAACUUGUACCUAGUUACCGACCUCGCGCUUGGUGGCGAGCUUUUCGACCGUAUUUGCCGUAAAGGCAGCUACUAUGAAUCCGACGCUGCGGACCUCAUCCGGGCCAUCCUGUCUGCUGUGGCGUACUUGCACGACCACGGAAUUGUGCAUCGCGAUCUGAAGCCCGAGAACCUGCUGUUCCGCACCCCGGAGGACAACGCGGAUCUUCUGAUCGCCGACUUUGGCUUGUCCAGGAUUAUGGAUGAAGAGCAGUUCCACGUCCUCACAACGACAUGCGGUACUCCGGGCUAUAUGGCCCCCGAGAUCUUCAAGAAAAGUGGACACGGAAAACCAGUUGACAUCUGGGCUAUCGGUGUCAUCACCUACUUCUUGCUCUGCGGAUACACCCCCUUCGACCGCGACUCCAACCUGGAAGAGAUGCAGGCCAUCCUUGCAGCAGACUACUCCUUCACCCCCAUCGAAUACUGGCGCGGCGUCUCGCCCAACGCCCGGGCCUUCAUCAAACGCUGCCUCACCAUCGACCCGAACGCCCGCAUGACGGCCCACGAGGCCCUCCAACAUGCCUGGGUCAACCCGCCCUACAACACCGAGACCGACCUGGCCGGCUCCGGCGAGGAUCUCCUCCCCACCGUGAAGAAGAACUUCAACGCCCGUCGCACCCUCCACAAGGCCAUCGACACCGUCCGCGCCAUCAACAAGCUCCGCGAGGGCGGCGGCUUCAUGAUGGACGGCGUGAUGAGCGUCGAUCCCAAGCCCGAGCGCGUCAACGGCAACGACGUCAUCGAAGAGCGACACGACCAUCCCGGCCACGACGGGGCGAUGGAAAUCGAUGGCCGCGCCAAUGCCCGCGGCCAAACCGAGGCUCAGAUCCGAGCCCAGGAGCGCAAGGUCCAGGAAAUGGUGACCGGGUUGUGGAGUCGGACCGUGAAGAAAUGAUUUCACCGACCCAUUCAUCCAUCCAUCCAUCCAUUUCUUAAUGGAUGUAUUGAUUGACUGACGAUCAUGAUGUGGGAAAUAUAGCUACUAUCCAUAUUAGAUACCUCCUUCGUUUUUUUUCUUCUUCUUUUUUUUUUCUUGCUGUUGGCGGUCUGUCAUUCUUUCUUUUGGGAUGAGGUCUCGCCCCCUACCUGUCUGGUUCGCUGUCCAGAUGAACAUUAACAUUUCGGUCUAUCUACCUAUCUACUUUCAUACCUAGCUGCAUAUCUUCUGUAUUUUGCUCGGAUGAUUUAUUUUUUAUCCUAUCUGGGAUAUAUGCAUAUGCAUCAUCAUUGUCAUACUUGCCUGUCUGUCUGGUUGGAUAUCAUGUCAAUCUUUUUUUUUUUUUUUUUUUUUUUUUUUUU